AUGUCGCGGUUCGCAAAGGGCAAGCGCCAGCCCGGCGCAGAAUUCACUUGGGAUGCAGACCCUGGUGGUGAGCCUGACACAGCUCCCACGCCUCUCUACCCUGCAUACGUCGUCCCAUGGGCUCGUAAACUCACCCCAAAAGACCAAAAUGCGGUCGAUCACUACCGUCACCUACGCGAACAAUACCAAGAAGGCCCCUUCUACUCCGUUCUCGACUCUUCCUCCUCAUCCGCUAAGAAGGGCAGCGCCGCCCGCGUGAAUUUCGACUCUUUCACAGGCAUGCCAACCUUCUCUGGACGGUACCAGAAGAAAAGGCGCACAAUUCCUCGCAUUGAUACCAAUGGAAACCAGCAUGAAUUCGCCUUGAAAUUCUUUCCUCGAGAACUUUGGCAAACUAUUCAGCCCUCCUACCGGCCCGAUGCUGGCAUUGAUGGAUGGAAGCCCGGUAUGGCUACCAGCGGUGUAAAGCGUGGAUUCGAAGAUGAAGAAGACGAGGGCGAGGACUCCAAUAAAAAACGCGCGACUGGCGGCGGCGACGACGAUGAAGGAGAUGAUGCGGAUGAUGGUGAAUUGCUCGAUGAGGAAGAGGGACAAGAAGAAUGGGAAGAGGAUGACAAUUACGAGGACGAUGAGGAUGAAUUGGGCGGUGAUUAUAAUGCUGAACAGUACUUUGAUGGCGGCGAUGAUGAGUUUGGCGAUGAUGGAUUCGGCGAUGGUGGAGGUGGUGGUGAGGAUGAGCUGUGA